GUCGUAGAGUGCACAUAAUGAUGAACUUUACCUUGGUAACAGCUUUACUCUGUAGCUUCAGUUGGAUCUCUGUCUCAGUUUCUGAGUUUCACACUGUGGAGGUUCAGCCUGGUGAAGAAGUCACACUGACGUGUUCCAACUUUACCAGCACGCCCUCUCACAUAAACUGGUUCAGACUGAACAACAGAUCCAAUGCCAGCUGCAUCUCCGCUAUGAUCAGCUCUGAUACCAAUGCUACGUUCUGUGAUGGAUUUAAAAAUAGCAAAUUUAAUAUGACGUCCAACACCACUACCCUCUUUCUCAAGAUCAAACAAGUGGAUUUAUCUGACUCUGGACUGUAUUUCUGCAGAUUUAUCUCAAAUAGCAACUCCGCAAUUGACAGUGCAACUUAUUUAAAGUUUCAAGGCAGCAAUGAGCCCCAUGUUGACGUGGACAGCAAGUGUAAAAAAGCAUUUGAUGGAUUAACAAAGAUAACGAUUGUGAUCCUGGAUGCUCUGAUUAUUAUACUCGUUAUGGUCGUCAUCGCUCUGGUUGUCAAGAUCAGGAAACUUAAAGCAGCUCAUAAAGAGGAACAGAAUCUGCAACACAGUGAGAAUCUGGGCUCUGAUGCUCUGAACUAUGCAGCGCUGAGUUUCCGCCCAAAAGCAAAAAGCAGCAGAAGGCCUGAAUCAGAGAACCAGCUGGAGUCAAAUGUAGUGUAUGCUGCCACCAGCAGCUCAGAGUGGAACUGAUGCUUUAUCAUGUUCAACUGCUACUAAAGGAGGACUUACCAUCACUAUCAAACAUUCUAAUUUUGUAAUAAAGAUCCUGUAUUCACACAAAUGUGCUUUAAUUUUAUUAACUUUGCUUCAAUUAUAAUACUACUUCUAUUCCAGCUGUGUCUAUAUUUGUACAUCAAAUAGCCAGGUGAAAAAUACAGAGCUACAGAAGUUAAUCAGUGUUCGUAAAAAGUAGCAGUGCUCCCCCACAUGCACAUACUGGCAUUUUCCACUGUAGUAACAAAGCUGAAAGCACUAGCAAUCCGACCAGCCACAGGAAGGCUGGCCUUUAUGGAGGACCGAGGACAACAAGAAAUACUUGACAGAUUCAGAAAUAAAUAAAUGCACAAUAAAUAAAUAUCCAAGUAAAUGCA